AUGGGACUACAUGUCGAUGAAAAGAGAGCAUGUAAGAGGUUUUUGGCCGAUUUUGUUGAACACGGGCGUGACCCAACAUGGGGCUUCUACGUCUACGCCACCUAUACGCGCCCACAAGAGCAAAAAGAGGCCGAUUCUGAUCAAAACAGCUCCUCGGACAAAACAGCGGUGGUUGACGACAACACUUAUUUCCAAACCCUACUAGACAAAUUCCACGACCUCGCAACCGAAGACCUGCGCGACUCUUACGCCGUAAAAUACAAUCAACGCAUAGUAGAUUCCCUGCGUCUUGUCCCUGCAGCUAUCAUUCCUAACGCGUCGCUCUCCGAGGUAUGCACUCAUUUCCGCACACACCAUGCUCGGAUACUCGAAUCUGAGAGGCUGUAUGAGCCUGGCUACCAGGACGCAUGGAACGAAGAAGGUCUGUUUGGUCCAAAAUAUGAAUGGUGUAUGGUCAUCGAUGACGAGGUAUUAGAGAGCUUUGAUGCAGAUGACGAUUACUACACAUUUGCUAAGCUGCUGGAUGGGGACUAUACGAAGAUGAAGAAGCCGGUGGCGCUCACUGCGAAAUACAGGGAUGGCACGGGGGGAACACAAUGGAAUGGAUGGUUCAAGUUCUCCGCUGGCAUGCUCAGGAACGUGUUUGAAGUGGUGCACGACAAUAUAUAUACGACGUAUUUCAAUGGGGAAGAUGAACUUCUUGAUUUUUGA